CCUCAAAUAACAUGGAGCAUCCAGGUGUGAGGGGCCGGCGCGAGGCGACAUGGAGCCGAGCCGCGCUUACCUCUCCCCUCCUUCCUUCCUGCCUGCCUGCCUGCCAGGGGUGCUGUCCCGUCUCGAGAAGCUGGAGGCCCGCGCCCGCGCCCUAGCACUGAAGCAAGAGGAAGCCGAGCAGCAGCAGAGGCAGGAAGUGGCCCGGCUGCGAGCCAGGAUCAAGCAGCUGAGGCGACGGAGGGACGAGCUGAAGGGGAAAGUGAGCCUGCAGCAAGCGGCGCUGGGCAGGCGGGAGGAAGCCACGAGCAGCGGCGCGGAGCCUGUGCCGACGGCGCGGGUGCAGGAGCGAGCUCUCCUGCAGUGGAAAGUGGAGACCGUGGAGGCCAUGCUGCGCGUGUUUUACCUGACAGGGAUUAGCGGGAAGCUGACCGAGCGCGGCGUCUGUUUCUGCCUCAGCACGGCCUAUGACGGCAACUACCUGGAUUCCUACUACCUCGAUAUCGUCAUAACGCAGCCGGUUCGGAUCCAUCGCCACUCCGUGCCCAUCUUCAUCCCCUUGAAGCGGAUAGCUGCGAAGUACUUGCAGACAGACGUCCGGUGCUUCCUGGCUACUCUGUCUGCUCACCUGAAUGCUUAUGUUGGGAGGAAAUACCAGGCAGAUUACUUACAGAAGCAUUUUUCAGCCUUUCUGGGAGGACACUGGCAGAAGAACUCCUUGUAUAACAUGCUGGCCUUUAAUUAUGACGUGACAACGGAAAGCAGCACCUUUCCCUUCAGGGUAAAGCUGCUUUAUGGAGACCUUGACCGCAGUCUUCCCACGGAGGCUAGUGUUUCAUGCAAAGAGGAUGUACCUGCCUCGCUGCUGGAGAAGGCGGCGACUCAUUCCUCCUUGUUCAUGAACAUGGCCCUGCACAAAGCCUUCGACACCUUCAGAAAGGCAGCAGAGACGCCAGAUAACACGGAGUAAGUGGACAGCACCUGUCCGCUCACCAGAUUGUACGUGCUGUACCGAGGUUGCUGCUGGAUCCGUGCUCUUCACACUGGACUGGUGAACCAGAGGAACAGGUGAACCAGACCCCACAGUGCCAUGGACCCAGGCCCCCAGAGGUCUUGAGGUGCCUGGUCUGAGCACAUUCUCUGUACACACCCCCUCUUUCUCUCUAGUACCUCACUGGGCCGGGCAGGAAACAUUUCUUACCGCUGGAAUGGGACACCUGAGAUUUUCAAAGUCACAAGCUACUUGGAUGAGAGAAAUUGGUACCAGCGAACACCAGGCACCAGGCUUAUGCCAUGGUCAGCUCUAUCUGGCCCCUGAGCAUUGAGUGGUGUGGAGCAGGUGCAAACUCCCUCUGUGCUGCUCUGUAAGUGGCCUGGAUACUUCUAGGCCUUGUGAGGAGAUUGCCCUAAGGCUGGAUCAGUGCGAGUGCCCCUUGGUGAUGGCACUGUGGCUUGCCCAGGGGCCAGGGUUUCCUAAUCACUCGAUGAUUGUGGUGGAGGCUUUGGUUCAAAGAUUUGACAAGGAGAGCCCAGAACGUGUCUGGUGAUAACUUCAGCUAGGCAGAAAUCACGGGCACGCACUUCUGUGCGCGAGCGGGACUGGAGCUGAACACCGAAGCCUUUGUGAUAAAACCUUUGGGAUGCAUUAAAAUUCUCAGCAGCUUGGCAGAGCCAGUGCACCUCCCCUUUACAUUACAGUCCUGAGCUGCUUUCCCUGUGCCUUCAUCUGUGCUGGCUUUUGCCUUCCCUUUUUAUCAAAUGAUGCUUCCUGGAGGCACUUUCACUUUUUUAACUUAAUAAAACAGUGAUUGUUAUAGGAAA